CAUAGAAACUCACUUGAGGCAGGCUGUUCGUGUCGACUGUUCAGGUGUAGCGACAUCUUACUUAACAAUGAGUAUUCUUAACGAAGGAAGGAAUGAAAUUCGAUUUAACAAUUCGAACAGUCAGUGUUUGAUUGAAAAUUGGGUUGAAGAGAGAGCUGUUAAGCAGUUUGAUGAGGUGGAAGAUGACACCAAUAUAACAAGCAGUGCUCAGAAAUUUAGAGAUGGACACCUUGGAGUAUUGACCACUGAUUUUGAUGCUAAUGCUGAGAAAUUGACCACUGUGCGAGCAUCAUACAAAAGACCAGAGCCAUGUGGAGUGAGACUUACUGGGAAAAAAGAAGAACUUUUAAAGCAGAUGCUUUUAGAAAAAGUCAGUUUACUCCCUAUUCUUAGUCAAGAAGUGUUCCGGGAUGAUAUCAACCCUCCUGAGCCUGAAGCUACAGAUUUCCGAUCAGUGACAAUGAAAGAUUUUAACAAAGAAGAAUUUGAACAUGUAAAACCGGAACCCACACGGCCCCAUGACUACAGGAAGGACCAGCCUGUCAGUUUUUGGUCAGAGCACAAAGACAGAGUUACGGGUGUCUCACAGAUCAAGACUCGAGACUCACCGUUCAGGAAAAAUGAUGCCUUCUCCAAACCAAUUGAUGAGUACUGGGAUGAAACUGGACCAUACGAACUGGAGAACUAUCCAAAGAUGUAACAAACUUAAAUACUGUUAAUGUGUAUGGAUGGAUAAAUCUGAGCAAUAAUAUUUAAGUUUGAAAUAAAAAUGAUAUCCAUAAAAUAUAACCUCUAUUACAGAACUUUUCAAUACAAUGUAAUUAUGAUGGUAACAUAUGUAAAUGUACAGGUAAUAUACAUUGUAACUAUGAUGGUGGCUAUAUGUAAAUGCACAGGUAAUAUACAUUGUAACUAUGAUGGUGGUUAUAUGUAAAUGCACAGGUAAUAUACAUUGUAACUAUGAUGGCUACUAAAUGUAAAUGUACAGGUAAAACACAUUGUAACUAUGAUGGUGGUUAUAUGUGAAUGUACAGGUAAUAUACAUUGUAACUAUGAUGGUUGCUAUAUGUGAAUGUACAGGUAAUAUACAUUGUAACUAUGAUGGUGGCUAUAUGUAAAUGUACAGGUAACAUAGAUUGUAACUAUGAUGGUGGCUAUAUGUGAAUGUACGGGAAACACACAUUGUAACUAUGAUGGUGGCUAUAUGUGAAUGUACAGGUAACACACAUUGUAACUAUGAUGGUGGCUACAUGUGAAUGUACAGGUAACAUACAUUGUAACUAUGAUGGUGGCUAUAUGUGAAUGUACAGGAAACACACAUUGUAACUAUGAUGGUGGCUAUAUGUAAAUGUACAGGUAACAUACAUUGUAACUAUGAUGGUGGCUAUAUGUAAAUGUA